UCAACCAGACAUUUUUUCAACUACCCAAAUAAAAGACACUCCCUUUACUCUCUCUACAUCUUUGUGCCCAAAAGAUGGCAAUGGAGAUGGCCAUAAGAUCUUCAUUUACAACAAGACUCUCUCCUCGUUCAACUUCUUCAACAACCAAACCUUCUUUCUUUAAACCUCAUCAAUUGAGACCCAUCUCUGUAUCACUGCCAACGUCAACCAUCUCUCUCUUGUCUCUCUUUGCACCACCCAAUGAAGCCAAAGCUCUUACUAUUUCCAAGGACCAGGUUGUCUCUACGCUUACUGAUGUGGAGAAGACAAUUGAUCAGGCUGUGGAGUUUAGUUCAAGUGUAUUGGACAGUGCACAGAAAGUUUUUGAAGGUGUCACUAAUAGUUUGAAGCCUGGCAUAGAUGUUGCAUUACCAAUUGCAAAGCAAGCAGGAGAACAGGCAGUGAAGAUUGCUUCUCCUGCAAUUUAUGAGGCUUCAAAGAAAGCCCAAGAAGCUAUUCAAAGUACUGGUAUUGACACAGAACCAGUUCUUAGUGCUGCUAAGACACUAGUAGGUGCUGCUCAACAGACAACUAAGGUGAUUGAAGAGGCAAAGCCCAUAGCUUCAUCAACUGUUGAAACCAUCACUUCGGCAGACCCCGUUGUGAUUGUAGGAGCUGCUGGAGCAGUUUUUCUAGCAUACCUCCUCUUUCCAUCCAUAUGGUCUGCUGUCUCAUUCGGCCUGCGUGGUUACAAAGGUGAGAUUACUCCAGCCCAAGUCCUUGAUCUAUUAUCUACAAAAAAUUACAUUAUGAUCGACAUUAGAUCAGAGAAAGACAAGGAAAAGGCUGGCAUCCCACGCCUUCCCUCCAGUGCUAAGAACCAGAUGGUUUCGGUCCCUUUGGAAGAACUGCCAAGCAAAUUGAAAGGCAUUGUCAGAAAUGUCAAGAAACUAGAAGCUGAAAUAGCAGCUUUAAAGAUUUCAUAUCUGAAGAAAAUUAACAAAGGUUCCAACAUUGUCAUCAUGGACUCGUACUCAGAUUCAGCAAAAAUAGUUGCCAGAGUACUGACAAGUUUAGGUUUCAAUAACUGCUGGACUGUUUCUGGUGGGUUUUCUGGAGGCAGAGGAUGGUUACAAAGUUGGUUAGGAGCGGAUUCAUAUAAUGUAUCUUUUACUGAGGUUCUCAGACCAUCACGAAUAAUCCCUGCAGCAGCCGGACGUGUUGGAACAGCCAGCUCAAAGUUACUUCCGGGUGGAGAUUAAAUUUCCCCCCCUCACCUGGUUAGAAAUGCCCGAAUGUGCUUUCUCGGUUAAGAAUAGCCGUGUAGAAACAUGUCUGGUAAUUAUCUUUUAUAAUCAGUGCGAGUGUAUUCAUUUUCAA